AUGGAAUUAGGGGAGUUUGCCACUCUCUGCAAAGGUCACUGGCUCAAUCCAGUGGAACUGACCAUUUUUGACUUCAGGAAGGUGGGUCUCAGGUUCAGGAAGAAGCCGGACAGCCCUCAGGAGGCAAAACUGCCCAAGAUUGCCCUGCACCUAGGCACAAAUGAGAACUCCAAUUACAAGUUCUCAUCACCUGACCGGAACAAGACCUUGCUUGAGCCUGUCCCAUCCGAGCUGGUGUUUCAGAACUAUGUCCUUGGCAAGGUCUGUGAAAUGCCCCUGCUUCUGAGGAAUAGAGACAAGGUUACUCAGCUGGUGAAGGUCACUAUGGACAACUCACCUUAUUUCAAGUUGGUUGGCCCCAAUGGUGUGUGCCAUCAGAUACCACCGGGCUCAUUUUGUACUAUAAACAUCCUUUUCACCCCUGAGGGGAGCAAGGAUCAUUUCCACCAGCUUGUCUGCAUCAGUGAAAGGGAAAAGGUCUUUGUGCCAAUCCGAGCCAUUGGUGCCCGCCCAGUCUUGGACUUCCCUGACCAGCUGGACUUCUCGUCAUGUCCAGUCAACCACAGCACCCAGAAGACUCUGCUGGUUCACAACACUGGGAACCUGGAAACCUGUUACAGCCUCAGCACUGAGAGCCCUUUCACUGUCGGUCCAGCCACCGGAACCCUCGAUGUUGGUGAAGCCAUGCAAGUGACAGUGGAAUAUCACCCGCUGGAGACCGGGCACCAUUCCACAUCCCUGGCAGUGCACUGCGACAGAGGUGAAGAUACCCACACCAGACUUCUUGGAAAAGCUAAGGACUUCAACAUCGGGCUGGACAAGUACUCUCUGGAACUUGACAAGACUUAUCUCACACUGUCAAGUCACAGAACCACAGCCAUCCACAACAGAAGUAACAUCACAGCCCGAUUCCAGUGGAAGGCUUUUGCUACUGAGGCAGAGGAGUAUCCGCAGAAGAUCAGGCUGUGUCACAAUCUGUCUCGGCCACCCCAGGAGAUAGCAAAGGCUCUUGUGAUGAAGCGCUAUGAGGAGCUUGACCUGUACGACCGUGAGUUGGAGAAGGAGACAGCAAAGAUUCAAGCAGACCCCAUGCUGUUCUCAGAUGAUGUUUUCACCAUUGAGCCCUUGGAGGGAGAGGUUGGGCCACAUUGUUCAGCUGAAAUCAAGGUGUUCUUUAAACCCCGAGAAGCCCAAGUCUAUAGAAAAGUGGCCUACUGUUCCAUCUCAGGCCGUGAGAGCAGGCUGCCCCUGUGCCUCACAGGGGAAGGCCUCGGGCCCUGCCUCCAACUCAACUCUGAGGAACUGGACAUGGGGAAAGUUUUGGUUGGAAAAACCUACAGCUAUGAGGCAAUGUUGGUUAACAAAGGAGCUAUUGAUGCUCCCUUUGAGCUCAUCCCUCCAACCACAGCCCACGGCUCCUGGUUCACCUUUCGGCCCCAGCAGGGCAUCAUUCCACCCAGUGGGCUCCAGCCCAUCCAGAUCUCCUUCAGUUCCAGCACCCUGGGGGAGUUCGAGGUAGAAUUCCAUUUCAACGUGACAGAAUCCCCUAAGCCUGUGACCUUGACUAUCAGGGGCCACGUCACCGGACUGAGCCUGCAUUUCAGCACAGGUGGCCUUGACUUCAAUGACGUCUCCUUUGGCUUUCCUCAGACCUUGUCGUGCCGCCUGAUCAACACCUCCGUGGUGCCCAUCACCUUCCACCUUCGCAUUCCUGAGGACGGCCAGGGACAGCCCAGCCUUAGGAGCUUUGAUCAAGUGAAAGACAACGCUCACCCCUCCUGGGAAAAAGGCACAUUGGCUCCAUGUCACGAGAAGCCAGUGGAAUUCACCAUAAGACCCAGCACAGCGACCAUCCCUUCCCAGGGAUCCCAGGAGAUCAGGGUCACGCUGUGUUCCAAUGAUGUGGGACGAUACGACUAUGAUAUGGUGGUGGACGUGGAUGGUUUUGGCAAGGAGGUGUUGGCUCUGCGCCUCAAAGCCAGAUGUGUCGUUCCUGAGCUGCGUUUGCUCACCUCCACCCUCGACUGUGGACCGUGCUCUGCAAAGGUCCCUUGCCAGAAGAUGCUGAUCCUUGUGAACCCGAGCCCCCUUCCAGGAUGCUACAGAGUUCUCCCUCAGAGACACCAAGAGGCCGCUGCUCUGUGGUACUCCAGCCCCAAGCCGUGUGGGAUUAUCCAGGGUCACAAUGUGGUGGAGAUCCCCAUUACAGUUGAAGUCCAGGCGGUGGGUGCUCAUUCCAUCCCGGUGGAUAUCGCUGUGUUCGGGAAGGAGAGAUCCCCACUGCAAAUGCAUUUAAUGUGUACUGGAAAGACACCGCUUGUCUAUGCAAGUGUGAAUAAGAUAAACUUCGGCAAGAUCCAAGUGAUACAGAACACUUCCCAAACUCUCCAGCUGUGCAAUCUGGGUCUCAUCCCUGCAGCCUUCAGAGCAGAGAUCGGUGGCAAAUGCUGGAGUAUUGAACCCAGGGAAGGAGUGGUCCCUGCCAAGGCUGAGGUUCCUGUGGUUGUCAUGGCAAACCUGGGUGACACAGGGAGAUUUGAGGACAGCAUGAAGCUGUUUGUUGAGAACAGCCUUACCAGUGUCAUCCCCAUCCAGGCUGUGGGCACUGGCACCACAAUUGCCAUUGACAAACCGUUUGCUCCGGAGCUGAAUUUGGAACCCCAGUUCAACCUCGUUCCCUGCAUUUUCCGGUUCAACGUGACAAACAAGGGGCAGCAGUUCCAGCGGCUGUACUGGGGCACCUUUCGACAGCGUCAUCCUCUCCCUGCCCUCAGUGUCACCAAGGGCAGAAACGCUUCCCAGAGACCCACCCCCCCCGUAUUUAAGCUGCAGCCACGGGGGAUGUAUCUGCAGCCAGGCGAGACUAUGGAGCUGAUGCUGGAAGGCUUCUCCAGCACUGUCCAGGAAGUGGAGGAGAAGCUGGUGUGUGAGGCAGCCGUGGGGCCAGAGAUAACAAAGAAAGAGAUAAUCAAGACAAAGGUCACCUGCAAGUUCAUUUCUCCCACGGUGCAAAUAUCAUCCAGAGCAAUCACUUUCUGUGUGGAGAAGACAUCACAUUUAGAGAACUGCAUGGAAACAGAACAGGAUUCUUUCGAAGAGUCAUCAGAUUCAGAGGACUCCCUGGAAACAGAGCAGGAUUCUUCCGAAGAGUCAUCAGAUCCAGAGGACUCCCUGGAAACAGAGGACGAUUCUCCUGAACAGUCAUCAGAUCCAGAGAACUCCCUGGAAACAAAGCAGGACUCCUCCCAAAAGUCAUCAGAUUCAGAGGACUCCCUGGAAACAGAGCAGGAUUCUUCUGAAGAGUCCUCACAUUCAGAGGACUCCCCAGAAGCAAAGGUGCCACCAUACACUGCUGCAGGGCCUCGGAGCUCAGUAGAGACGAAGAGGUCUGGGCAGUCGGCGGAGGUAAAGCCCCCUGGCUUCAGAGUGGAGGAGGUUUUCGACAUCCAGCCGGUGUCCGGUGUGCUGCAGCCGGGCAAGAGCCAGCAGGUGCCCUUCACCUUCUUUGGCCACGCCAACAUCAUCGCCCGUGUCACGGUGCUGUGCCAGGUGGAGGGAGGCCCAACCUACGAGGUGGAGCUGAGGGGGGAGACUUCAGUCCUCACCUACCACCUGAGCGUCGAGGAGAUUGACUGCGGGCUGCAGCUCUUUAAUGAAGUCACCAAAGCAGAGGUCACCCUGCGGAACAACGGGAAGAUGGGAUUCACCUACAUGGUACAGAGCCCCAGCACUGGCACUGCAGACAAGCCUCUGCCUGGUGUGCUCGUGGUCCUGCCCAGCACAGCUUCCAUUGAACCUGGCAAGGAGCAAGUGCUGAAGCUCUAUUACCUGCCAGGAGUGCCAGGAGUCUUCUGCAGGACUUUCCAGGUUCAAGUGGGUCACCUGAAACCGGCAGAAAUCUCCCUGAAAGGAGAGGCAGUCUUUGCCGGGAUCUAUCUGGACCUGCCCUGGAGCAUCAACGGAAGUGAAAAAUACGAGAAACUAUUGAAACAGGCAAAAGAAAAGCUGAAAAAAGACAAGCAGGACAAGAAAGCAAACACUUGGCUGAGGAUGGAGAUGGAGCAGAUGCUGAUAAAGGAGAAUGCUCUGGAGCUGCAGCCAACCCUCAUCUCCCGCCCCCCAGAGGACACUGUCUUUGACAAGAGCAUUCCUCAGAAGCUUGUCCACCUGCGAUGCUGGAAGUCCUACGAAACCGAGCUGAAGAUCAACAUUCGUGGGAACAGCCAGCUCCUCGUGCUGCACAUCUCAGGACAGGGUCUGGAGCCACAGCUGGAGUUCAACCCCACAGAGAUCAAGUUGGGAGCGGUGCUGCCAUGCAGCCCUGAGCUGGAGACGACAGUGGUGGUGAAGAACCCCUGCGAGUUCCCCAUUGAAUUUUACUCCCUGGAGUUUGACGAGGAGUACCGUGAGGAGGAGAAGAUCCUGAUGGGUAAAAAGGGUGCUCAGGCCAAGAAAACUGAGCCCAGCCCUGCGGACAAAGCCAACCAGAAGACUUUCAGUGCUGGACCCCAGAGUGCUUCAGCAACCAAGGAUAUGGCAUCCGACAAACCCCAGAUGGCAGCCGUUUCCUGCGCCACCGCUCCUGCGCCACAGCAACUGACCAUCCUCACCAGGACAGGGAGAAAGGAGAAAAAGAGGAAGUUUUGGAGCUGUGUGCUGCCCGAGGAAUUGCUGGUGGAAAUCAUCUCUGAACGGCUGCAGCUGAGUGACUGCUACAAGGGAGUAGUGUUUGAUGGCCUGGAGACCCUCUUUGCGAGCAGCCUGGCAUCUUCUCUCCUGUGCGUGCUCAAAGCUGUCAGCAAUCGCCCUCAUAUCCAUGUUGUGAACAUCUUCCAGGAUUCUGAGUUUUGGAAAGGCAGGCAGAUAGCUGCAAGAGAGAGGAGGGCAGCUAAAAAACAGCAGAAAGAAGCUGCCCGGAGAGAGGAAGAACGUCUCUGGGAUGUGGAUGUGGAUGAGUACGAAGCCCUCCCUGAGAAGCAGAAAGCUCUGCUUGAUUACAAAAUUGAACAAAUCAAGCGUGAGUGGAAUGAGAGAAGGGAGCUGGAGUGGCUGGCUCGAGAGCGUGAGGAAAGCAAAAAGAUGUUGUCACGAGACUCAAAGAAGCAAGAUAAGCUGCAGAAGAAGAAGAAUGGCUGCUCGGUGAAGUUUAAGCUACCUGCAAAAGAGCAGCAGCAGGAAACCAAAAGCCCAGAGGUCCGGAUGAAGAGCAAAACAACAGCAGCAAAACAACAGCAGCAAGAAACCAAAAUCUCAGAGGUCCCGAGUAAGCAUGAGAGGAUCUUGGACCUGAGGUUUAACAUCUAUGAGUCUUCACAGAAGAGGAUCAGACAUAUUCUGUCAUCCUGGGACAGGGUUCAGGGUAUCAUGAACCAAGUGCCAGACAAGUCCCAGUCUUCUCCUAAACACAAAGAUGAGAAGAAGAGCAGUAAGUCUCCGGAGAAGGCAGAGAAGAAGCCUCUAGAAAAACAUGGCAGCCACAAGAGUCUUCAGUGGGACGGGGAAGUUGCAGAAGGCUCAGUCGGAAGCCAGGAUGCCGGAGUGCCCUGCUUGGACUUCCACAUCACGCGUCGUGAAAAGGUGUUUAGGAGGAUCCUGAAGAGCAAGAAGCUGCCACCAGCAAAGCAGAUCCUGCACUCUCUGGGACUGGGACCUCCCAUUCCCCCUGGCUGUCUUUUCUCCGUGGUCCCCUACCCAGAGGAGGACAGAGUCUCCACAGCAGCACAAGACCUCAGACACUUCAUCCUUGUUGAACCUGAAGGUGCUGCUGCAGAAGAUGAUGUGGCCCCAGAGGCAGAGGCACAGGACCACUUGAAGGAGGGGAAAGCCACGAGCAGACACAAGUCUAGCAAGGAAAAGCAAAACACCCCCCAGAGCCCAAAAAGUCUCCGUGAUCACUCCCCAGAAACACCCAGAAGUUUACCUGAGUCAAAGAAAAGCCAACUGCAGAGUGACUCAACCCUCGAGAGACCUGCCAGGCUGAGAAGGUUCCGGUGGAUUGUUCCUGCCCACAGUGAGGUGGAACUGAAGAUCCACUUCAGCACCACAGUGCCAGGGCAGUUUGACCAGAUGAUGAACUUUGAGAUCCUGGGGUCAAAGCGCCUGUACCAGUUGCCCUGCAGUGCCACUGCCCUGUACCCCAGCAUCAGCCAGAACCCACGGCUGGUGUUUCCUCACUGGAGGAAGAGCAAGGAGAAGGAGGACAUCAUCUUCAAGGAGUAUGUCAUGAGCACAAAGCAGUUCCACUUUGGACCGCUGCUUUGUGGGAAGUCAAGAGAGUGGUACAAGGCACAAAACUGCCCCGGUAACAGCGAAAAGUUAACCAUCCUCAACGACUUCCCCAUGGAGGCAGAGGUGCAUUUCUCCUUUGAGAACGACAGUAAAGGAGAGACAUUCCUUUUGGACCCUCCCAGCAUGAGGCUGCAACCCAAAGAGAAGAAGAAGCUGAGUAUUUGGGCGUACCCUACUUCCACUGGCCUCCUGGAAGACAGUCUCGUCUGCUGCAUCAGGGACAACCCGGAGCCAGUGGUCUUCCAACUGUGCUGCCAAGGGGUGCAAGUGAAACUGGGGGUCAGCCCCCAGGAGCUGCGUUUCAACAAGCUGCUUCUGCACAGGACUGACACCCAGACCCUGGUCCUGAGAAACGACAGCCCACUGCCCAUGGCAUGGCAUCUCAGUGGACUGCAUGACCUUGGCGAUGACUUCUCUGUAUCACAAGGCAGGGGCAUCGUUGGGCCCCGCACAGACUUUGAGGUGAAGCUGAAUUUCAAGGCCGAGAAGAUUGGCAUCACGAAUAAGAUGAUCCGACUGGAGGUUUCAGAUACAGAAAACAUCCUGGGCAUUGUUCACGCUGAAACCAUCAAAGUCUCUGUGGAGGUCUACGAUGUUAAUCUGAGCAUCGACAUGCCUGAAGGUCCAGAUGGCAGCUUGGAAUUUGGAACCAUUAAUGUCCUGGAUAAUAAGAAGCACGUCCUGAGUCUGCAGAACAAAGGCUUAUAUGACAUUGAGUACAGUUUCAAGCUGACCACUGGAAGUGCCAAGAGGGGUGACUUGGAAUCUCCCUUCACUGUCCGGCCGCAGAGGGCUGUGCUGAAAGCCUCCCAGCCACCUGUGAAAGUUGAGGUCCUCUUCCACCCCACGACUGAAGUGUUUCUCGAGAGCAAACCCAUCCUGCUCUGCCAGGUCAUUGAUCUCAAAUCGGGUCAAGGAGGCGAGACCGUUGCCACCAUCCCAGUGAGGGUGUCGGCGAGAGCUGUGUACAGCAAGUACAGCAUCGAGCCUGCCUCGCCCAUCGACUUCGGUGCCAUGGUUAAGGGCACCAAGAAGGCUCAGCUCACUGUAGGCAUGUUCACUGUGUCCCCUUGCUCCGGCUCCAUUGGUCCUUGGGGCCAGCAGAAGAUCACAGUGGAUUGCAAUGCAGGAGCAGAGGGGAAAUGUGAGGAGCAGCUGUACAUCGACAUCAGCAACAGAGACCCCAAGGACAAUCCCCUCGGCAUUCCCUUUACCCUGACUGCCGAGUCCUGCUUCCCAGCGCUUGUUGAAGACGUCACGUCCAUCUUUGAGCAGUACCCGAUCCACAGCAACGUCAAUCUCUGCCAGACGUUACAGUCGGUGCAAGGCAACGGUGUGUUCAUCAGAGAUGAUAACAAAUUCAUCUUCACCAAAGUUCAGGUUGGGCAACGGGCCACGGCUCGCUUCAAGAUCUCUAAUGGCAGCAGUGUCCCAUGUGACGUGGUCCUCUCCAUCAAAGCCUUGCCUGGAGAGCCUCACAGCCUCAUCAGCAACAUCUUCAAGCUGGAUCCUGUUGAGAUGAGCAUUCCUGGCUUAUCCCACACCUUUGCUACAGUGACCUUCACUCCAGAACAAAAGGAAGACUACCAGUGCACUUUUACAGCUUCUCUUGUUAUCCCAAAAAGCAGCUCCGUGAAGAUGAAACCCCAACAGCUGACCUUCACUGUCAGUGGAGAGGGGCACGUGCCUCAGGUGACAGUCGAGUGCCCGGGCCUUGGGAGUAAGAGAGGAACCCCUGUGCUGCGCUUCAGGAGGCUCCUGCUGGGGGAUUCACAGACACUCCCCCUGGUCCUUCGUAACAAUGGCAUCGUACCCACAAAGUUUACAGUACAAGUAAUGGAUGAACAGGGAGUUUUCUUCCUGAAAGGCAGGCAGUCUGCACUCCAUGCCUUCCACACUGCAGACAUGGAAGAGAACUCCACUGGAAAAGCCAAGAAGCAUCCCAAGAAGCCUUACCUGCUCCUGGAACACAGCCAAUCAGCAGAGUUUGACGUGUUUUUCAAACCCACCCUGACCCAACGUCUGGAAGGGAAGAUCCAUGUGGCACUGUCAGGCAACAGUGAGAUCGACAUAGAGCUGGUGGGUGAAGGCUACGAUGAUGACUUCACCCUUGAUAACCUCCAUGGACUAGCAGAAGACAGCAAGGAGAGCAAUACUAAGGGUAAUCUGGAGGACAACAUCAUUGAGGCUGUCAGAGCGAAUCACAUUGAGUUUGGGGAGUGUGCAGUCAGGGAGCUCUGCGACAAGACCUUCACAGUCACCAACCGCAGCAAGGAGGAGGUGAUGCGGUUUGAGUGGCUGCUGGUAGACGCCCCAUUCCAGUUCUCCCCCAAGGUGGGACACCUCCAACCUGGCUGUGCCAAGGAUAUCAGAGUGACCUUGAAAUCCAACGUCCCGGUCACCUUCAAAGGGCACUCCGUUAAGUGUAAGGUGGCCAAGAUCAAAUACCAGCUGCCACCAGAGGAGGUUUAUGACUGGGACAACGAAAUGUGCACUGAGAAGUGGGAGGAUACCACCGAGAGAGUCCCAGGAGCCCGCUGGCCUUUGAAGCAGAAGGUGGUCAAGGCACUCCUGGAACCACCUCACACUGUCCUGAAGAGCAGCCACGAGGUCGAGCUUUUCCUCAGUGCUCAGGUUGACUACGCCGAGUUCAAACUGAACACGGUCGAGGUUCAACUGAAGCAGAUUGAGCUCUUCCAGACAGAGAUAAGCACUUUCCAGAUGUCCAAUACAGGGAAUGUAGCCCUGAAAUACUGCUGGGAGGGGAAUCUGGAGGAGGAAAUACCAUCAAAGAGUUCUGGGAAGCCGUUCUCGUCCACUCUGACACGCAAGUUAUUAGCUCUGGGUGGUGCCCAGGCCAUUUCAGUUGGAGCUGAGCCGGGCUCCAGGGACAGCCACGUACUGGGUCAGGACUGGGAAGGGGGACAUCAGGGCACCUCUCUCUCUUUCGGAGACUGGGAAAAACAAGGGUGGAACAACAGGAAACAGAGUUGUUGGGAACAAAGGAUUUUGUCUUUGAAAGAUGUCCUCUUCCCUCUUCCAGGUUAUUUCUUGUCCUCUGCUGCUGUGGAUCACUGGUACGGGCAUUGUACAAGGCAGAUGCAUGGGGCAUCACCACUCAAGUCAACUCAGCCCCAGUCAGCUCAGCCCCAGUCAACUCAGCCCCAGCCAAGUCUGCGCCUUUCAAAGCAGGUGUGCCACUCUCUGAAGGGCCUUAGUUCCUCCCUGGAAUUUUCUCCAAUUCCCGUCAAGGACCCACCGCUGUUCUCCAUCGAGCCCCACUGCGGUACCAUCCCUGCUGGCCAGAAUCAGAUUUUCCACGUGAAAUUCUGCCCGACGCAUGUGGGGAAAUUUAAGGCCGAAAUGCUGUGCAGACUUCCUAACCUGAAGCCAUCUCAGAAGAGCCCACGGGUGUUUGUGAUGGGGAAAGGCUGUUUGCCGAAGGCUGAUCUGAAACGCUCUACGUCACCACAAAAAGGUAAAACCCAGAGCAACAAACCCAAGAAGAAGGUGCAGCAGUCACCAAAAUUAGAGUGACACCAUUUGUGUCAUGGCUUCUCCUGCUCAUGGUUU